CUGCCGAGGCCGUCGGUUGGGACGUUCAGACUGCGACGGAGCAGCUUUACGGAGGCCAGCCGACGCCCGCGCGGGGUGCCACGCCCAUGCAGGCGGGGCGGGGCAUGCUGGCCGGCUUCGAGGCCGAGGAUGUGGCGAUGGUAGAUCCCGAAGGCUUCCCGACGUCGCCGCGCGGCGGCAGGGACGUCGGCAUCGGCGAGCCCGACGACCUCGGCAUGCAGAGCCAGAUGGACGCCGCGAUCGCCGCGAGUUUCGCGGCGCAGACGGGCGCGGGGAUGGCGCAGACGGACGACGACUUGCUCGCGCAGGCGCUUCGCAUGUCGCAGCAGGAGGAAGAUUGCCGGCAGCGCCAGCAUUUGCGAGAGCAGCAGGAGGCAGAGCUCGCGGAGAGCGUGCUCAUGGACCAGAUGCGGGAGCAGGCUGCACAGGAGCAGCGGGCGCAGGAGGCUGUCGUGGAGCAGUCGCGGCUCGAGGAGGAGCGGCGACGAGCUGCGGAGCUCGAGGCCACGCGUGCCAGGGUGCCCGACGAGCCCCCGGCGGGCGAGCAGGGCCGGGUGGCGAUCAUGUUCCGGCUGCCGGACGGCAAGAAGGUGCAGCGCGCGUUCAGAUCCUCGGAGGCCGUCGGCUGCCUGUACGACUUCCUGGACGUGCAGCUCGGCCAGGAGUCUGCGCAGGCGCGCUACCGGCUGGUGUCCACGAUGCCCCGCCAGGAGUUUGUUGAUCGAGGAAAGAAGCUCACCGAGGCCGGAAUACAGAACCAGUUUGUUCUCAUGGUCGAGCUCAGCAAGGACGACUGAGCGCUUCUGAAAGAGGCGAAAGUUUUCCCGUCCCCCUCGCUGUGCUUUGGCGGGCCUAUUGGUUGCACGCCGCGUCGUAAUAUCCAUGCACGAGGCAGCGUCCGAUAGCAGGAUGGCAUGUCAGGGCAUCCUGCUUGCCCUUUAUUUCUGCUUCUCAAUAACUAUGUAGGGGGAGAUCGUCUUGGUGCCGCGUUGGGCGUCAGUGCCAGUUGCGGUUGUGUAAUUCGUAAGGGUAGUGCCCAGGAGGGGUGCCAAGAUGGGCGGUGGGAGCAUGCGCGGAGGACGUGCGCCGGCUCCAUUGUUGCCAGUCGCUGAUUUGCGUCAUCGGCACGUCGGAGGAACAGUGUGCGUACGUGCGGCUCUGAGUGUGUGUACCUCAGCUGCUUGCUAUCAUGCGUUCCCCGACUGCGCUCGUAAUCUGGACUGCUGCGCAAACUUUUCUCCCACUCUGAGGAGGAGGAGAGGGGAACGCUCACCCAAUCAGGAGCCUUUGUUUUUGUGGCUGCUCGCUCGCAAGCCGAGUCAGCCGUCUGCUCGGUCCAGGCCGAGUGUGCAGCUGAGCAGCAGUUCUCCUCUCCCAGGCAGGACAGCAGUCCUGUGCAUGUACCCCGGCUGGCACGACGGCGAACAGUUGCGUGCCUCACGGGCCUCACGGCGGAUAAAGGCGAG